CCGACUCCGAAGAUGUAUUCAGCUAUCGUCCAUUGGCCAUCGGCACCGGUCACCAAAUCUCUCGUGCUCAAAAGUCUAAGCUCAUUGACCCCGCCUAUCCCGAUUGUCGAUUCACCAGACCAAGAACAAGCAACGUUGUUUUGGUCGACAUACGAUGAAAUUGACCAUGAACUGGUGCAUUCACGAAGAACCACCGUUCUUUCGUCGUGUUACACCUUUAGAAAGGCUCUCAUCCGCAAACAUUUUCUGUCGCGAUGCAUUAGCCAAUUCAUCGCUAAAAAUCCACAAUCGCCGCUCAAGGCAGCCGCGCCGAGGACGUAUGAGAUCGAGCUCUCUUUUCUCGACGAACUCGAUGAAAUGUUCGUCGAUGAACUGUGGGAGUUGGGCAAGGAACUGGAGGAGAAGCAAAGUUGGUGGAUACUCAAACCAGGAAUGGCGGAUCGGGGAAAUGGUGUUCGUAUGUUCAACUCACGCGCCGCCCUUGAACGCAUCUUCGAGGAAUUUGAAGAGGCAGAGGACGACGACGACGAUGACCAAGAUUCGACAGCCGUCGUAGCUUCACAGUUGCGACAUUUUGUCAUCCAGGAAUACCUCAGCAAUCCGUUGCUUCUUGAUCCCUUAGAAGCAUUAUCGGAUAAACCCCAAGUCUUGGUUGGCAGAAAGUUUCACUUGAGGGUUUAUUGUGUCGCCGCUGGGGCCCUCAAGGUCUACUUCUUCCACAAAAUUCUAGCUUUAUUUGCAGCAACACCCUACACGCAACCUAGUGUCGUAGAAGACGAAGACGGGGACCCACUUCCCAUAGAUUUGUCGUCUCAUCUUACCAACACUUCUCUGCAAACAGAAAAAGGCGAUGAAAACGUCCGAUUACUCGAAGAGCUCGUUUCUUGUCAUAUUCUCUCAGACGACUCCCAGUCGCGACUCUCAGAGGAGGACAUGAAAAAUAUCUUAGACCAAAUUGCAGUCAUCUUGGCAGACACAUUCAGGGCCGCCGUACAGGUGCCGACGCACUUCCAGCCGGUUCCUAAUUCAUUCGAACUCUUUGGAGUCGACUUUUUAGUUACUCAUUCUCCUUCGCUCCCCAAUCCAUAUCAAGUCGCUUUACUCGAAGUAAACGCGGAACCUUCUAUUGAACUGACUGGCCCACGCCUCUCGUGGAUUCUUGAAGAUCUUUUUAUCGCUGUGGGCAAAGCCUGCGUCGACCCGUUCUUCACACAGGAAAUCACGCCAUGGCCAGUCGGAGAAACACGAGAGGGUCUAAUCAAGUGUUUAGAAAUGGAAUUGGGAAUGUGA